AUGGGAACAUCUCUGGUACCACUUGGCCUCCAAGAUCUCACACUUGCAAUUUCUGCCACCGUGAGUUCCAUUCUGCUGAAGCCUUGUGCGGUCACGAAUGUCCACCGCUGUGACUUUAAGGCUCAUCAAGUCAAAGCCUUAGAGAAGGACACUAAUGGGAACAACUCUAGUACCACUUGGCCUCGAAGAUCUCACACUUGCAAUUUCUGCCGCCGUGAGUUCCGUUCUGCUGAAGCCUUGGGCGGUCACAUGAAUGUCCACCACCGUGCCUCUAAGGUUCAUCAAGGUCUUGUGGUUGCGGUUGCUGAUUGA